ACGGCCGCCUUCGCUCUCCGCCGUUCCGUCUCUCCGCACCGCGGGGCUUUCUCCGCCCUUGACUGAAAGUUUCAGCGUCUCAGUCUCGCCUUCUCUCUCCCGACCGCGUGAAGAGCCACUUGCUAUCACCAAUGUGCACGUGAAAUGGAAAGGGAACAGAUUAUGGAAAGCAGCUUCUGUUUCAACCUUGCAAGAUGCUGCGUGAAGUGAAAUGACUGAUAAAACAAUUCACAGAAGAAAUCACUGAACUUAAACCAGAAUGUGAGUGUCCAGAUGGAUAGGGCCUGUAUGAUGAAAUCAGAGAUGGCAAAACUGGGGAGUUUACCAGGUGAGGAAGCUGUGUCUGACAGGUGCCCUAAAAAGGGGAGACAGCAAGUCUCAGGUUGUGAUUGAAGAACAGCAUAAAGGAGUUUAAGUGACUGCUCUACUUGACCAAAAUGGUGGACACUGAAAACCAUCUCUAUCCACUUACUCCCCUAGAGGAGGAUGAUAUAGGUAGUCCUUUAUCUGGAGAGUUUCUACAAGAUAUGGAGAACAUACAAGACAUUUCUCAGUCUCUAGGUGACGAUAGCUCUGGAGCUUUAAGUUUAACAGAGUUCCAAUCACUGGGAAAUGGUCCAGGAUCUGAUGGAUCAGUUAUAACAGACACCCUUUCACCAGCAUCCAGUCCUUCAUCCAUUAAUUUUGCCACAGCUCCAGGUAGCAUAGAUGAAUCACCCAGUGGAGCAUUAAACAUUGAAUGUAGAAUUUGUGGGGAUAAAGCCUCAGGCUACCAUUACGGAGUACAUGCUUGUGAAGGUUGUAAGGGUUUUUUUAGGAGAACAAUCCGAUUAAAACUCAUCUAUGAUAAAUGUGAUCGCAAUUGCAAAAUUCAGAAAAAAAAUCGUAAUAAGUGCCAAUACUGUCGUUUUCAAAAGUGCCUUUCAGUUGGAAUGUCACAUAAUGCAAUACGUUUUGGACGAAUGCCAAGGUCUGAGAAGGCCAAGUUGAAAGCAGAAAUUCUAACGGGUGAAAAUUAUCUAGAAGAUUCAGAAAUGGCAGAUCUUAAAUCACUUGCCAAAAGAAUUCAUGAUGCUUACCUGAAAAACUUCAAUAUGAACAAGGUUAAAGCCAGAGUCAUCCUCGCAGGGAAAACUAACAACAAUCCGCCCUUUGUUAUACAUGAUAUGGAUACCUUGUGCAUGGCAGAGAAGACGCUGGUAGCAAAAUUGGUUGCCAAUGGAAUUCAGAAUAAGGAAGCCGAAGUUCGAAUCUUCCACUGCUGCCAGUGUACAUCUGUAGAGACUGUCACAGAACUUACUGAAUUUGCCAAAUCUAUCCCUGGCUUCUCCAAUCUUGACUUGAAUGAUCAAGUGACGCUGUUGAAAUACGGAGUUUAUGAAGCCAUCUUUGCCAUGUUAGCAUCUGUAAUGAACAAAGAUGGGAUGCUGGUAGCCUAUGGAAAUGGUUUUAUAACCCGAGAGUUCCUGAAAAGUCUGAGAAAGCCAUUCUGUGAUAUAAUGGAGCCAAAAUUUGAUUUUGCAAUGAAAUUCAAUGCACUGGAACUGGAUGAUAGUGAUAUAUCACUUUUUGUCGCUGCCAUCAUUUGCUGUGGAGAUCGUCCUGGUCUUGUGAAUGUAGGACACAUUGAAAAAAUGCAGGAGAGCAUUGUGCAUGUACUGAAACUGCACUUGCAAACCAACCAUCCUGAUGAUACCUUCCUCUUCCCGAAACUUCUCCAAAAGAUGGCAGACCUCCGACAGCUUGUCACAGAGCACGCUCAACUUGUUCAGAUAAUCAAGAAGACUGAAUCUGAUGCACAUUUACACCCUUUACUGCAGGAAAUCUACAGGGACAUGUAUUAAGGAUUUUUAGAUUUUUUUCCACAAUAUUUAAAGACAACAGCAAUAUUAAUAAUAGAUGGGAGCAAAAUCACUUGCACAGCUAUCAGCUGUUCACUCAGUUCGGAGCGUGAAAAAUGUAAAAGCUAAGUAACUGGAGUGCUAAAGGUCUUUUGGUUUGAGUUCUUCUGUCUUCUUUUGAAUGAGUUCUGCAGAAAAAUACUGAUCGUAAUGUUCAUGAAGCGCCUUAAAAGCAGUUCUUUUAUUUGGAAAUCUGAAGAUUGGUAAAGAAUAUAUAUUUGUAUAAUAAAUCAGAAUGUUAAGUAACAGAAAUGGAAAAAAAAAAAAGUAUUUCCUCUUGGCUUAGUCAUUUUAGAGUUGCAAUAACAAAUUCAGCAAAUUCUCUCCAGCUACAAGCACCGUCAUAAAGAUGAUGCAUUCUUGGCUAAUAGAAAUACUGAGAAACAACUAAUAUUUUUCGUUAGAGGCAGUCACUCUAGAUUUAUCAAAUGAUUGGGUAUUACUGUACAUACAUAUAUAAAAAAAUUUGAAAGACCUUUCUUGUGCCACUGCUUGAAAUCCAUGAAGCACACUACAGCUUCACAUAGCAUGGCAUUGGUGUACUUUAGGAUUAGUGCACUGAAAAGACAAUGCUUUCAAGAAAUGAAAUAAAAUCCUAAGCAUUAUCUAAAAGACAGCAGAUAGUAGUACUAUUCAGGUUUUUCUGGAAGACUAAAAGUGCUAAGUCAUGGAACUGUUUGAAAAGGAAAGGAAAUGCAAAAAUCUCCCUGAGGAAAAAUGCGUCUAACCAUUUGUAGCUUGGAAAACUUGCAGUAGCUCAAGAUGCAGACAGUUUUGACUUAAGAAUACAACUUUGAAUCAGCCAGAGUUCUGGACAGACAGAAUAAUCUGAUCCUCGUUGAGGGGGGGGGAAAAAAAGGAAUUUCAACUGUACAGUAUUCUCGUGCAAUGAUAGCUCACUCUGAAGAAAUGAUUACAUAGGAAAGGCACCUUCCUUCUUGUCCUGUGUUUUGGCAGUACGGAGUUAAUUGAACUUGUUUACUUUUCUGAUGAGUACAUUUUUUUCUUUUUUUUCAAUUCUUCACUCAUAUAUUUCUAAUCUUUGAUAGACCUUGCCUAUAGAAGUAAUAGCUGGAUUAUUUUACCAAAUUUUCUCCUUCUCAUUAGCGCCAUAGCGGAUAAAGUGACAAGAAAAUGGAGCUUGUCAAUUGUCUGAUGUUAUGAAAUCAUGAGAGCACAACUGAGAGUAAGUUUAUCAUAUACCUGAGUAUUUUACAAAAGUACUUACUCUUGAUUCAAAAUAAGCUACAAGGAAACUGCUUGCCUAUGGCAUUUUGCAGGAUCCCUUAUUGAGAUUAAUGCACAAAAUGUGAAAGCAAGUGCUAGUUGCAUACAAGGCACUGUGCUAGUUCUUUUUCUUGACAUUUUUUAAUCUGGUAAUUUCAGUUUGUUAUUUUUGUAUUUUGCUAUCUGUUUCAUAACAAAGGCUUUAGGAGCCAGUCUUAACAUUGUUGCAACAGUUAGGCUUUCAGUGCCACAGGGAUGACACGUUCUCCUUGUUUCAUUGUAGCUUGUUUGGAAACAUUAGAAUCUUAGACAUUCUCAGAAUUAAUUAAGAUGGAUGAAGUGAAAGCAUCAUGUAUUGGUGCUUAUUUAGUUACAUUUGUUUUGCACAAACCCACUGGCAUGGCUAGGCACUGAAUAAAUUACUGGUUUAACAGCAAUUUGGUAUUUACCUAGAUGAUGGCCAUUAGCAGAAGUUUUAGUGUGAAAUACUAAAGCACCAGCCUCAAAUUUAGUGACUAUCUAGGGCAAGAUAGAAGAAUUAGGUAUGUAUGCAUCGAACUUCCUCCUUUGCCUUCCCUGUCAGUUACCUUCUCCCCACAGCUGGGAUGAAUAAGCAUUGUGUUACAGUUCCUUCGAACACUUCAGUAAGAGAAGAUUGUUGGUCUUACUGGGAAGCAGUGGAUGAGAAAUGGGUUGUCUUGUGUCUUGCAACAGUAAGUACUAUGGCCUCAGAAAUAACAAGAUUUUACCAGUGAUGCUGCUUAAUUCUUCAAGUCGCCAUUGUCUCUCUAGGAGAUGGUGGCUUUUGGGCAUAAGGUAGUCAGCACUGAGGUAUUUGAUAAGCAAUAUUGCUUAGUUAAGGAAGUUGCCAAAAUCUCACAAUGGCAUACCAGCAAUCUGUAAACACUGCAUCCAUCCAUAGGAAGCGCACAGUGCUUAACACUGUGCAGCUGAUGGCGGUGGAAAUUCUAAAGUUGGAAACUCUAACAGCCAACUGGCUCAAGUUUGUCUUCUGAAGAAGUGUAAGCUGCAUUUUCCCCCAAAGCGCAGUCAUGUGCAAAUUUGAAAGUUCUCUUCCAUUAUUUGCAUGUACUGAAGUUUCUCAGAAAAAAAAAAAAAGUUAAAAAACAACAACAAACAAACAAAAAGACAAACUCGCUGUGGAGAAAAUGUAUUUUCCCUGUUAUUGUUUCCAAAAAUGGCUAAUACACUUAACUGAAACUAAAAAGUUUCAUAAUAAAUACUUACAUUUGGCAAAAAUUAUAAAGAAUUUAAAACAGCAUUGUAUCUAUAUUAGAAGCCUCUUUGUAACAGGAUCCCAUUACAGGCAUUAGGAAAGUGUGUUAUUUGCAUUUUUUCCUACUUCAGGUGCAUUUUUUUUUUUUUAAUAACAAAAGAAAAUGCAAGCAUUUUUUGAGUAAUCCCUUUGGACACCAGCAUUCAAUUUCUAUUUUAAAUUAAAUUGCAGGCCUUUAAAUGUACGGGAAGAAUACAUCUGUGAGUUACAGAGUUACAGAAGUAUAAACAAGAUGAUAAUGUAGCUGAAAAUUCUGGAUAAAUUCCACUGUCUACAGGUUUGCACUGUGCAUGUAACCACAGACUCCUUCUGUGGAGACAUUCAAGACUCACCUGGAUGCUUUUCUAUGCAACCUCCUGUAGUGAACCUGCUUUAGCAGAGGAGGUUGGACUCUGAUCUCCAGAGGUCUCAUCCAACUCCUGUGAUUCUGUGUGUUUCUCAAAGAAUGAAACAGAGCAGACAGUUCACUUGCAUAAGUGUGCAAAAGGAAGUUCUUAAUUUAAACCUUAUGCUUCUAAAAAGUUACAUCAGAGACUUGUGUGGAUGACUAGAUAUUUGCCAAUUAGAUGUCAAAAUUACUCUAUUUAUGUUCAUUUUCAAGAAGCUUGGAGUCUGACAAGCUUUAUAUCACUGAGGAGCUUUCAGUAUCUCCACAUCAUAGAGAUCAUUUAAUAUUUUAAAAUGUUCAAUCUAUAGAGGGAAAUAAAAUUAGCUGAUUUCAGGAUAAAGAUUUAUUAAAGGCUUACUAGUUUGUUAUGUAUAGUUUUGAUCUGAUUCGUAUCGACACUAGCUUAUUUUAAUGUAAUAGCACUGAAGACUCCUGGUUAGGGACCAGGUACCCACAAUGAGCUUACAGCCAGAGGCAACAGGUGGAUAGGGAUCCUAAUGGUACAAUUUAGGAUUUCAACAAACCUACCACCUAUUCACUUUGGAGGGUCUUUUUGUUUCUUUGUUUUUGAUUUAUUGGUAAGCCUUAAGUACUUUAAUAGCAGGGAAAAGAAAAAGCAAAAAAAAAUAAGGGUUUGUUUCUAAUAAUUAGGAGUACUCAUUUUCAAACUCUAUAAUAUAUUUUUUAAAGGUACUCUGUGUUCAGUUUGAUAGUGCACAGCUGUCUUUAAAAGAAAAACAAAACAUUGCAUUGUACUUAUAUAAAUUUCAGAAAUCCACUUUUAUUUUAAACACAAAUUGACUCUCAAUGGAUAGGAAUGUUCUCCACUUACAGAAAUUGAAUCUUUUUUGGCAUUUAAAGAAGUGUUCUCCUUUUGUCACUUCCAUGUGCCUUUGUGCUUUGGUUCUAGCCAGCUGCUAGAAAGCUGAAGUGUUGCCAAAGAGCAUAUUUUAGCUUUAUUUCUGGCCUGCACAGAUUUAGGAAAUACCAGCAGUUGCACUAAGUCUGUUCUCAUGAGAGAGCUAGCACAAGUUUGCAAAUCAAAGAGCUUAUAAUAAGCAUCUAAACAUUUGUUUGUUUAUUCAAACUGCUAAAGCUUUGGAGAUUUAUUCAUGGUGGGAGCUGGGUCACACACUGGUAAAUUGAAAUUUCCUCCUUAUCUCUAAUGGAAAGCCUGGACAUCUUGCACAUCAUGUCAGACAGAGAAAUCAGAGACUGUGCUGUAGCUGCUUCUACUGUGUCUAAAGAGGAACAAUUUCAGCUCUGUCUCUCCUUAAAAGCGACCAUGUUACUUAGUAGAAAAUCUGCAACUGCCUUCAACAAAUGCAUUUGCAGCUGUUGGGUUAUUACUUUAAGGAUAAGUUCUUAAAAUUAUGGACCUUCACUGAAAACCCUGACCCCUUAGUAAGUGUCAAAAUACGAGGGUUAGUACGGUAUCUGGUACUUGCUUAUAUCUCAAGUGCUUUCUUGAUAAUAAGUUGCAUAUAUAUUUUUUUAAUCUAGAGUUAAUUAGCUCUGCUAUCCUCUUACUAGAGAUUUAAAUUAUAUGUGGAUUUGAUCUGAGAGUAUUGAUCAUAUGUACUAUGGAAUUUUUUAAUUUAAUGUAAUACCAUUUCUUCACGUUUUGAUUUGUAAAAUAUCAGAAUAUAAUUGCAAGGUAUAAACUUUCACUAAAUUAUAUUACAGAGGUACUUUAAGAAAAAUAUGUAAAUUAUUUAAUUUAAAUACUUGUUUCAUACUUUAUCUUGUGAAGCCUUUUGUACAGUGAGGAAAGAUUUACUUUUAUGGCUAAGGGUGGUGGGCCUUAAGUCAAAGACAAGCAUCUAUUUAUUCCUGCGUGAGUUUUAUUCCUAUCAUAAAUUCUGCAACUUGUUGACGUUUGGCAUUGACGGUUGGCGCCAAAUUGAAAAUUGUAUUUUCACAUAGAAUAUAGACUUCCUUAAAGUAAGUCUAGGUUAGGAUGAAAUGUAACCUAUGGCUGCUUCUUUUAUGAAUUUCUUAGGCAGCAAUGGAAAAAAAACUUUAAAAGGUACCAUCAAAUGUGUCACUUUACACUGUAAAUAUAUCGUAUAAAUGCAUUGCUAACUAAACCCAUCCUAGGGCAAAGGCAUUCCUCUUCUGUUUUCCCUAACGUGCUUACAGUUUUUUAAAACUUCUUCAGCUUCUGAAGCCUUUUUUCCCCUUAAUCUUCUUGACUGAUUGCAUCAGUGUUAUCUCGUCAGAUUCCACUGAAACCUUGUUUCAAAACAGAAUUUCUACUGCAAGGACCUCAAUUUCAGCUGAGCUGCCUCUGCCCCUGGGGUAGACUACAGGCCUAAGAGAAAUUCAUCUCCUUACAGGCUGGGCCUUAAGAAUGGACUGGACUGCAAGAGCAGGCAUAAGGUACUCAAAAGCCAUUUUAAGUAUUUUGGUACGUUUUCUCAGGUUGGAUACGCAUGAGCUGUAAUUGCUUCUAUGGAGGGGAAAUUAAAAAAAAAAAGAAAAAAGCAGCACAAUGCAAAAAGUUUUACGGCAUUCUUCACCCCUGAAAGGAAAAAAAUAAAAAAUGGUGGUGAUAAAUAUUAGCCAACCAAAAUACUGGCACACUCUCCUCCUACUGUGCGUAGGAGUGCAGUAUAAACAUUCAAAAUCUCUUUUGUGAUGUGUAAUGGGAAUCAUAAGAUUAGCCAAACUGCUGGGUGAUUCAUAUACAAGUUGCCACACAAAGAGCCAUCCACAUCCAGGCUUCCCUACCUCAGGCACAUCUGCGUGUGCCACAGGAAAGUUUUGCUGCCCGGUGUCGGAAUUGCCUUCACGGAGACACAGCGCCUUUGCCCCAUCGGUCCUGCAGCGCUCUUCGGAGCUGCUGGGGGUGGAGCAGUUCUGCUCAUCUGUGCUGUUACGUCCGCUGACAGUCACACAGAGAAUGGGAAGAGGCUGCUUCAACGAAAUCCCUCACCUCGCUCCCUGCAGGGACAGCUCCGGUGGGGCGGCUGGCAGCGGGAGGCCGUGGCUUCCUCUCAGUGGCCACAACUAUUUUCCUCUGGUUUCAGAAGUGGAAGAACAUUUCCGGCUUCCUUAGUGACAACAAAGCUAAGUUUGAAUAGUGCAGAUUUUAAAAAGAACACCCCUGUUACUGUUGGACACUGUCUGUGGUAUCAGCUUCUCAGAUGAGCUGCAUUUCAUAUUGCUCCUGAUAUUUCACAACUAUACAAUCACUCUGAUUUUCUGUAGGAAUGUAACAAUUUAAUUACAUCAUGAUGUUAGAACCCUUUAUGGUGUGUUAAAUUGUCUGUUAUCUGCUACGACAAAGAAAAAGCACAUUUUUGUUAGCAUUGCCAAAUCCUAAUCAGUAGAGCUAACAAGUGUUUAAUUAUAUCAAGAUAAUGAUAUUAAAGAAGAAAAAAAAAAAGCAAGCAACAAAUCAUUGUUUCCAGUCUACUUUUUUUUUUAAUUUUAUUUAUUUUUAGAGGAAUUUUGGGGUGUGUUUUAUUGCAAAGAGCUGGCAUUUCUUGAAGGGAGUAGUCAAACCUGAUUCCCAUGGAAUGUGUUUCCCAGUGAAAUCCCACCCAGUGCUUCCGGGGUUCCUGUGGGUCUUUCUGUCAGACCAAAUGCAGAUGGGAUUUCCAGGAAAGAACAGCAGCCCUGGGCUCACAGGGUCUUAUAAGGAAAGACAAAGUCACUUACAUGCGUGAGUGUAAAAAUUACAUAUAGUGUAAUGUGAUGAUGGCUUCUCAGAUGUUACCAGCCUACCAAGCUAGAAUGAAAAAACUUGGAACUUUUUACAUUGUUUUUGUUUCCUCCUCCUUUAAAACAUAAAUGGUUGGAUUCACUGUUUGUAUAGAGACUGGUAGAAACCUCUGUGCUUUAAAAA